AAAUGUUUGGACCGGGAGUCCGAGACGUAAUUCUACAAAAGCCCUUAGCUCUAGGGUUUUAAAAAAAUUUUAUCAAAUAGGUUUCCCCGAUUUCUAGAAGUUAUUCUGGUUCUUUCAGUUAUCUUUUCAUUUCUAUAGGGUGAUAGAAAAUGGCAGCAUUGAUACGUACAAAAGUUGAGUUGUUUUAUGAUGUUGUGUCCCCAUACAGUUGGUUUGGGUUUGAGGCACUAUGUCGGUAUCGCCCUCAUUGGAAAAUGGAUCUAGUUCUUCGACCAUUUUUUCUUGGGGGUGUGAUGAAUGAAACUGGAAACAGACCCCCAAUGAUGGUUCCAUCAAAAGGCUUGUAUAUGCAAAAGGAUCUUCUGAGAAAUGCUGCUUAUUUUGGAGUUCCAUUAAAAUUAAUUGAGGAUCCUUUUCAUGUUAUGAUUGAGAAGGGAACCAUAAAGGCCCAAAGAUUUUUGACAGCCAUUGGUGAUAAACAUCCUGAGCAUCUUGAAGGUGUUUCACGUGAACUAUGGAAAAGGAUAUGGUCUAGGGGAGAAGACAUUGUUGAAGAUGAAAAUUUACAUCUUGCAGCAAAGGCUGCAAACAUGGAAGAUGUUCAUGUACAAGAAUGUUUGAAAUUGAUGAAUGAUUCUAGUGUCAAGUUGGCUCUAAAGAAAUCCACAGAGGAUGCUAUUGAAUAUGGGGCUUUUGGUGCUCCUACCAUUAUUGUUCAUUCGCAAGGCCACCCAGAAAUAUUUUUCGGAUCAGACCGCUUUCCUUUAAUUGCUCAAAUUAUGAAUGAAGAAUGGAAAGGGCCUGCUCCAGGAACGAAAAAUUUACUUUGAUUUUACACAAUAAACAAAAAAUCACAAGGCGGCGUUCAAUAGCUUGCCUACUUAUUAGUAUCUUUUUGUCAUGAAUAUAUUAUUUAAGAAAAAAGUAAUAAAUGAAAAAUGUAACCAAAAA